CGGCCGAACUGAUCUGAUCACUAUUCCGGUAAUCAAAAUUGCUCACCAGAAAAUUCGCAAGAACCAUAUCAUCAUGACCAUCAACUACCGUCGUUAUGAGAUUAUCAAGACCCUUGGGGUUGAGCCCUUACCAUCCCCACCCAUGGAAGUCGAGGAACCGGCUCCGAGUACAGGGGAUCCAGAAAUCUUACCAUUGCGGAUAUACCAGACGCCCAAUCUAACCAUGAUCUCACAGGCGGUAGUAAUAGCGGAAGCUAACAGCCAGCCUGUAGACUUGAAUGAUCCCAUGUCUCAUAUGACGGUAAGGAAUGAACAUCCGGGAGUAAGACUUGCGUGGUGUAGUCGAGGAGGCGCAAAUCUGAUCAUUUGCUGA